ACCCAGUGUGUGUGUAGAACGCACGCAGUCUAAAAAGUUGAAACACCUGUGGGUUCUGGUACAUUUCGUUACCAGCGGGUUUAGGAAAAAAACGUUGGACACUUGGACACGACAACAAUGUCUACAAAAGGGUUUAAGCCGAUCCGAGCUUGCGGUGCUCCCGACGUCACGGUGAAGCGUCAGAAAGGCGGCCGGACAGGACUGGCUCUCCUGGCGGGAGCAUGCCUGGGUGCCGUGGUGGUGUGUGCCGUCCUCAUGCCGCUCGUCUACUUCACCCUGGCCGAUCUGCAGGCCAAAGUGGACAAACUCAGCGACGACGGCGUCCAAAAGGCGUUGAAGUUGCGCAGUGAUUCAGCGGUCGUCGCUACCGACUCGCUCGGGGAGACCGCAGAAUUUCAGAGCGCAGAUGGUAAUAGCGACGACCGGCAACGUCGUGACGCGGGCGGAUCUGGACCUGUGCGCCCGCAGCCUCCUCCACGGCCAAGGAGCGGUGCAGUGUACGUGCGCUGGGGAAGGGACAGCUGUUCCUCAGACGUCGAGACUCUGUACUCUGGAAUAAUGGGAGGCGGACAUUACAGCCAUCACGGGGGAGGUGGAAACUACCAAUGCCUCCCUCUGGACGAUGUAGUGUGGAACAAACCACAGGCGGGAUACCAACAUCACAGUUACAUGUACGGGGCGGAGUAUCAGACGGGGCCAGGUUUUUUUUCAGCCGACAACAUGCCAGACGGCAUCACCAAUCCCGCUAACUACGAUGUCCCCUGCUCCGUGUGCCACGUGCCCGGGCGGUUCUCCAACGUCAUGAUCCCCGCCCGCAUGUCCUGUCCGCAGGGUUGGAGCAAAGAGUACAGCGGCUACCUGAUGUCGUCUUACUACAGCCACAACAGCAACAAGGACUUUAUCUGCGUCGACGAAGCUCCCAACCUUGUGCCGGGUUCGGCUGCAGAUCAAAACGGAGCUCUGCUGUACCUAGUAGAGGCGCAGUGUGGCUCUCUUCCCAACGGGCCUUACGUCAAUGGUUACGAGCUGACCUGUGUGGUCUGCACCAAAUGAAUCUGAGAGUUUAGACAGCGCUUCGCGAGUGCGAGUAGUGAAGGGUUACCGUAGUUAAUAUGAAUAUCGUGUUAUCGGCUCUGUUUGUGUGCAUGUCAGUGUACGUAUUUCAACGGUUAAUGGCAUAUCUCAAUAAGUUGUCGCAAGUCAGACAUUAUAUGUAUAUGUAUAAUGUCCUUGGUUGUGGAUAUACAUCUUCAUGACAUUUUGUACGUAAGUACUCGUAGAUGCACGUCUAUCCAGGAUCACAUAAAUGAUCUACUGUUCAGGAUACAAUACAAUUCAAUACUAUAAUUUGAUAUGCUAUAUAUUCAUGACGUUUUCCUUUUAUGAUGUCUAGUACUUUUUUUAAAACUUAGGCGAAGAUAAAGUGAGAAAUUAAAAAUUAAUGCAACGCGUGAAAGGCUAGGCAGAUGAUAUAUGGCAUAGGCAGAUGAUAUAAUCAACAAUAGGCCAUAUUUGUUUGAGAUUUGAUUUAAAACAUAACAUAAAUGGAUAUCAAUUGUGCAUACGAGGACAAUGUUUACUUACGACUGGUGGACUAUAACAUAACAGGAGUAAUCAAGUUCUAUAUUCAUGAUCACAAGGGCCAUAAGUUGACAAAGCUAUAAGAUCGUGGAGCUCUAUAUUUCUAUAAACACUUUGAUAUCCAGUCUAUUCUGUAAUCAUAUCAUUAUCUUAUUGUGCAAGAAAACUAUAGAAAAAAUCAUAGUGGACUUAAGCUUGUUUAACUAAGCAAGUAGGGGCCUAUAUUGUACCUUUGCAGUGUGUAAUAAAACCUUCAUAGUAAACAGGG